UGGCCUGGCGCAACGCACAUCGAAGAGAGCAAUGGGAAAAAAAUCAACCUGAACCCCAACGAAGAAAAAUCACGAGCGGUCAUUGCCAAAACCUUGCUAACCCCUUUCGAAGCUAGUUCUCAGGCGGCGGUUUAUGAAGAAAGGCGGCAAAAUUCGUACUUUAUUCAAACCGAAAAUUGUGCAUCGUCAUUUGAAAACGGGCGAUAUAAUGCUUCUUAAUCGCCUGCCCACUCUGCACAAGCCCAGUAUGAUGGCUCAUAAAGCCAGGGUGCUUAUGGGGGAGAAGACCUUGCGGCUGCACUACGCAAAUUGCAAAGCUGAUUUUGAUGGUGACGAAAUGAAUGCACAUUUUCCUCAGGGCGAAGUAGCUCGUUCUGAGGGAUACAACAUCGCGGCUGUGCCGCAUCAGUAUCUCGUGCCCAAAAAUGGAACUCCUCUAAGUGGGCUGAUCCAGGAUCACAUGAUCGCAAGAGUGAAACUCACGAUGCGCGGGCAAUUCUUUAACCGAACCGACUACCAGCAGCUAGUUUUUGCUGACUUGGGCGGACGAGAGUAUGAUGGUAAAACUAAACUUUUGUCUCCCACGAUACUGAAGCCGGUCGCCCUGUGGUCGGGCAAACAAAUAUUGUCCACCGUUAUCAUCAAUCUGACCCCCAAAGGCAAAAAGUUGGAUUCCAGCCAUGGAUUAGCGGGAUCUAAACAUGGAUUCUACAGCCAAGAUUAG